AUGGCCAUCGCUACCUCUCCAAAGUCUUCAGUGCUAAAAGCCACAAACACAAGCACGGGAGCAACCUCAACUCCACCAACAUCACAUACAUCCCCGAAGAGAAAUAAUAACAACAAUAAGGAUGGACAACAAGUGUUGAGGAAGAUUUAUAGGUGCGACUCUGAAAUUAAACGUAUGAAGGAACAAGAUGAAAAGCAACUACGAAUAGAAAGAUUAAAACAAGUCAGACAAAUGGCUAUGGAUAUUGCAAAAAACAAGACAAAACAAUAUGCACAAGCAAAGGAAAAGGAAAAUCAAAGUAAUUUGAAGGUAAUCAAAAAAGCAUGGGAAGAAAGAAAGGAAGAAGAGAUUGAUCAACUCCAAACAGAGUUGGAUUAUGCUAGAAAAAAAGCUGGUGAAGCCAAUAGGAAUGCACUCCAAUUUAAUAAGGAAUUCCAUCUUCAACAACAGAAGAAACAUGAGCAAAAUAAGGCAAACGCUUUAAUAGCUCAACAGAGGUUUGAUAAAUGUGUCAGUAUUGUCAAACAAAGACAGGUCGAGAAUCAAAAGAAAAAGGAUAAUCUCUUUGAAAGAAUUGAAAAAUCAAAGAACAUGGAAUAUCCAGAAAUUGAGCCUGUCCACAAUGGAUAUGAAAAGUUGUUUGCAGUUCCAUCUCGUGACCUGAAUGAUGUAGUGGCUGGUUGGAAUCCUACCAAAAAGAGAGAAGACCAGGGAAUUUACGAGACGACGUUUAAUCACCAAAUGGUUUUAGAACCAACCUCACCAGAAAAGCAAACAGCUAUUAAAGUUAAUCAACAUGUGGUCAAACAUUUUGAUAAACAGGCUGGUGUUGAUGUAAAUAAUGAACAAGCCGAAUUGACCUUAGAGGAAAAAAAGAGGACAGCUUUGCAAAGAGCAUUUUCAGAAAAGAGAUUUGCAAGAAAAGCCGCAGAAAAGGUGCGAAAUGAAAAAUUUAAUGAGAUUAUUGUUGAAGAAUUAGAACGAGUAUCCAAAAUUGAUAGACAACUUAAAGUUGAGUCCAUACAGAAUCCUUCUAGAAAUACUCUGGCAGACAAUCAAUACAAGAAGAAAAAGCAAAUGGAACUGGAAAGAAAAUUUGAAGAGCUCUUCAGAAAUAGGGUCCAUUUUGCAGAUAAACCAGAAGAAAAGAGCAGUUACUUUUAA